AUGCACAAGAACAUGUCGGUUCAGACAGAGGAAGGAUAUGAGGAGGAAGAGGAGGAAGGAGAGAAGGGUGGUGGGAAGGGUGAGACGGAGGAGCAGAAGCAGAGAGAGAAGCGGGUGUGUAGAGUAGUAAGUGGAGGGAGAGGGAUGAUGAGAGCAGAGAGCACAUUGGUACCCCAACUUCGCCUUUCCCCACUUCCUAAUUCUGUUUCCCCUCCCGCCGCAUGUCACUGCUAUCUCAACCAUGCAGCAGUAACAACAGCAGCAGUAACAACAGCAGCAGCAGCAGCAGCAGCAGCAGCAGCAGCAGCAGCAGCAGCAGCAGCAGCAGCAGCAGCAGCAGCAGCAGCAGCAGCAGCAGCAGCAGCAGCAGCAGCAGCAGCAGCAGCAGCAGCAGCAGCAGCAGCAGCAGCAGCAGUAACAGCAGCAGCAGCAGCAGCAGCAGCAGCAGCAGCAGCAGCAGCAGCAGCAGCAGCAGCAACAGCACCAGCAACAACAUCAGCAGCAGCACCGAACCUCUCACACUCUCUGCCAAAGCCCCUUAAACCCGCCUCCCCUCACUCCUCAUCACCCCCUCCCCACCCCUCUUCCCUCUACCCCUCACACACAACCCACCACACACCUCCCCCAAACCUAAACUUUUCUGCUGCCUCCUCUCAUCCCUCACCUCCUCUUCCUCCCCUCACCUCCCACCGCACCCAACCUCUCCCUUUACCCUUCUCACCGCAACCCUCCUCCCUCACCUCCCACCCGUCCCAACCUUCCCCCUCCCAUCCUUCCCUGCCCCUUUUCUCCCCGCACCCCGCCUCCUCUUCCUCCCCUGAUGCCUCUCAGCCCCCUGCAUCCCGCCCUUCGCCCCACCUCCGGCCCCAGUCUUCCCGCCGCCCCUCCCCUCUCAGUCCCUUGCUCUCUCACAGGCGUGCAAGCAUGAGGGCUCGGCUGGAGUCGUUUCUGGGGGAUAGGGAGGAGGAGGGGGAGGGCAAAGCGGAAGGGGAAGGGGAAGGGGAAGGGGAAGGGGAAGGGGAAGGGGAAGGGGAAGGGAAAUGGGAGAGGGAAGGGGAGGGGAAAGGGGAGGGAAAAGGGGAGGGGAAGGGGGGCGGGGAGGGCGGGGGGCAGCAGCGUGGGGCGGAUUCAGCCUGUGAGAGGGGGGAAGAUAGAUUGGCUGGGAUGGGUGGUUCAUAUGGAGUAAGGAGAGACGUGCUGUCAGAUGUAGCGGGCAGAUAUGACGGACCAGGCAGAAUGGGUGUGGAAAAUCAGGCGGCAAGAGGGCGUGACGGGUGUGGCUUGAGGGCGAGUCAGACGGAACUCUAUACGGUUGUCACUGGAGAGGAUGUGAAGAAGAGAGAGAGUUGUGAUGAGGUAAAGGAUAUGGAUAGAAGAAGCAAGAUGGAGGGGCGUCUAGAAGUCAAAGGGAAGGGAGGAGGGAAGUGCAGAGAAGAGAGGGGCGCAACGAGUUUGGCACAGGCAUGCCGAUUGGGAUGGACGGCGAGAGAAGAGGAGAGAGAUGCAGUUGAUCGGAGUGAGGCUAUGCGUGGGGAGGCGGCGGGAAGUAGUCGGAAGAGGGAACGGCGAUGGGAAGCGGAGGAGGGCGGCGGUGAUGGGGGCAUGGACGCUAUUCGGCGUGUGCUGGGGUUUGAGGAUAUGGAAUCAGUGGUGGUGGUGGUGCAGGCAUGUGGGGAGGAUAGCUGCGGCUUUUCGGUUGGAGGAAAGGAAGGGAGCAGUGGGGGGGCUGCACCCUAUGCAAUGCUUCGCCGCCUGUCCCUUCAACUGCCACCCCUGCAUGCUACCCCACCAGUCCGCCCCACCCACCAUGUCCAGUCAUCAGGAGCAGCAGCAGCAGCAGCAGCAGCAGCGGUAUCAGUGCUGGCACAGCCUUCUGUGCCUCGUCCUGUGAGAUUGCAGGGCAGGCCGGCUCUGUGGGCGCUGUGCCAUGGGGAGAAGAGGGCGGAGAGGGCAGAGAGGGAUGGGGAAGUGAAAGCGGUGGCCGUGUUUGUAUUGGCCCUUCGACUUUUGAGUCGACUCAAAAAUCGCUUGGCCUCUACUGCUGCUGCUGGUGCGGAGGAGGCUGGUCCAGUGGUGGUGGGCGUGCAUGUGCUGGCAGGUGACGUCGACAGCACAGCACUCAUUGAAAAGCUUGCACCUUUCACUCCCACAAUCCAUCACCCCUUUCCUCACCCUCCCCCUUUCCCUGACCACCUCUCCCUCCACCCCGCCUUUCCUUCCGUUCCCAACAAGCAUAACAUUUCAGGCACUCCACUGCUACAUUCAUCGCACAAGUGCUCUCCUCCUCUCCUCCUCUCCUCAUCUCCUCCUCUCCCCCUCUCCUCCUCUCCUCCUCUCCUUCUCUCCUCAUCUCCUCCUCUCCUCCUCUCCUCCUCUCCUCCUCUCCUCAUCUCCUCCUCUCCCCAUCUCCUCCUCUCCUCCUCUCCUCCUCUCCUCCUCUCCUUCUCUCCUCCUCUCCUCCUCUCCUCUCCUCCUCUCCUCUCUCUCUACCAGAACCUCCCUUUCCUCAAGCGUGAACCCCAUCCGCCCCUUCCUCCACCUCCCCCUUUCCCUUUUCCCCCUCCCACACUGCCCUCACCCUCCUCCCCCACGCCUUCAAGCGAGUUCAACUGA